AGCUGCAGAGUGUCUAUCCCAAAGAGCAGUGGCCGCGGGAAGAAAGACGCUAAGGAGAGCCUGACGCACCUACUCCCGACCACCGCCAGCAAGUGCUGUCUCGGCUCUCACUGCACCCUAGGGUCCCCUCCUUUGUUGCUGUCUCCCUCUCGAAGGCUCAAGCACCCUCUUCUCUGCUACUUCGGCAGGCCCCGCCACCCACAGCACAGAGGAGCCCAGAUGGAGAGUGUGCAGGAUCUGAUCCCUCUGGCCAAGGAGGUGAUGGCGCAGAAGUCCCGCGGGAAGCUGGUAAAGCUGUACGUGCUGGGCAGCGUGCUGGCUCUCUUUGGUGUGGUACUCGGCCUGGUGGAGACCGUGUGCAGCCCCUUCACAGCGGCCAGUCGUCUGCGCGACCAGGAGGCAGCAGUGACGGAGCUGAGGGAAGCUUGCGAGCAACAGUCCCUCCACAAGCAGGCUCUGCCGGGCAGAAGCAAGGCACAGGAGGCAGCGACCCUGAGCAGCCGGGUCCUGUCCCUCAGGCAGCACGCCUCCUAAGGCUGGUGACUGGCAGAGGAGGGAGCAAGACAAAGACAGAGAAGAGACAUAGAGAGACCAUGACUCCGGUGGGAGAGAGCAGAGUAACACGCUGUUCCCAGAAGCCACCGAAUCCAGAACUGACCCAGCACAGAUCACCCGAGGGGUCUGGGAUUGACUUUUGCUGCUAUGUAGCAUGUACUGUGAUUUGUCCAAGGUUGUGGGGGCGAUCAAGGAGCUAUCAUUUUGCAUUAGGGAAGGAGAUGAGCUUUUUAUACUGUUAUUUUUAUUGUUGUUGUUAUUAUUAUUAUUACGAUGACUACCGUUUUUCAUUUUGAAAUAAAAAAAUUUAUACU